AUGGACGCUGGUUUCUAUGGGUAUGAUCCCGAUGCAGAUCAAUAUACAUGGUCUAACCUAAGCAACAAAGUAUAUUCAUGUGGACAUCCUUCCGCUGAGUUAAUUGUGGAUAAGUUUCUUGGAGAAAAUCAACCCGGCUUUGAUGCUCCUAACUCCACUAGCUUAUCUCAUCAAAAUGUAAAUGUUGAUGAUAUCAACAAUGAACUAAACAUGUUGGAGAAUUCACUCGAACAAGAAAAAAAACAUGGAAAAGCUCUCAAAGGAUUAUGGAAAGAACUUCCAUAUGAACAACUCAACUUUUCUGACCUUAAAAAGUUGAUUGAGCUCUUGGAAGCUGCAGAUGAAGAAGUUGAAAGAGUAGCAAGCCAACUUAUGGAGUAUGAUACGGAAUUUCUGUAUCAAACUAUUGGAAUGUCCCUUUCACCUUUAAGAUUUGAUGGCAACAGUUCGUCCAAUUUCAAUGAAGCUCCAUCAGGAUCCAACGAAUAG